UUAUUUUAAAACAUGGUCUUUAAAGGGUUAAAAUGUUCAUUCAUUUCUGUCUGCUAAGAAAAAACUUCUUAGAGGAAAUAAAAUUUUAUAUCUGAAUAGAUUUUAUCGAAAAGCAUCGGAGAUGAGAUAGUGAUGUCAGCUUAAGUCACGUGGUUCCGAAAAAAAAGAAGGAAAAUAAAAACAAUAAUAUUCUAAAGUUCAGAGAUAAAAUCGUUUAUUUCGUUCGGGUAUAGGUUGACAAUUCACUUUUCAUUUAACUUUUAUCGUCACACUACUCAAUAAUUUUUAUUAUGACUUAUUUUCAAAAAAAAUCAUUUGUGUUUACGUGGAUAAUUGAAAACUUUUCGUUUAAUACCUGUGACGUCAACGAGGUACUUCGAAGUCCAGAUUUCCAUUUCGGGGAAAGCAGUUGGUAUCUUUGUCUGAAGCCAAGAGGAGAAUGUAAAGACAAAAUUGAAUUUAUAUCGUGUUUUUUAGUAUUGUGGUCUCCAGUAACAUGUUCAUUCCCGUUUCAGUUCGAACUCGAAAUAACCGGAGCAAGUGGUGAAAAGCUAAAAACUUUAGAAGGAAACUACGAAUUGUUCCAUAAGGUUUCUAAAUGGGGAAGUUCAGAAUUCCUCGAAAUCGAAAAAGUUAAGAAAGAUGCUGAAUAUGGCUUUGAAGAUAUUCUAAAAGUCUGUUGUUACUUACAUACAGAAAGUUCCGGAGAAAGUAUUAUAACGCAGUGCAUUGCUAAAACGAAAAUAGAUGUAGAUCGAAUAGCUUUUGAAAUGAACAAUGUUACUAUGUCUAGUGUUCUAGAUUUAUUUAAGGAGACUACCCUUCAUGGAGGUAAUAUUUUCCAAGUGGCCAUUCAUACAAAGAAAAGUCCCAAUAAAAUUCAAGUAAUUAAAGUAGGCUCCAAUUGCCUAAAACGCCAAGCUGUUAAAUGUAAGGUAGGCAUGAGUUGCGAUGAUGAAAUCUGGACCGAAAAAGCCUCCCAUCUCUUUCAAUCAAAAAAACUUCCAGAAAUAUGGUCAUUUUGCGCAGAUGGAAUUUUUGGUGCGUUUUCACGACUCAGAAAAAAGACGGUAGAUUUUUUCUGGGAGUUAUCGUGCUCUUAUGGAACAAACAUCAGUUACAUUUCAUUCGAUCGGUCUGAAUCUUCGGCAUCUUGCAGCCUAACUACAAUUUACCCUACUUCACGCAAAGACAUGUUAUGUAUGUUCUCGAACAAGAAAUACAGUGAUGUUAAACUGCGAGUGGAUAGCGAUAUUAUCGAUGCUCAUAAAAACAUUUUGUCGGCCCGUUCACCGGUAUUUUCCAGUAUGUUCGACAAAAUGGAAACUCACACGACCAUUCUUGACAUAGUUGAUAUUGAUUUUGCAACAUUAAACUUACUUUUAGAGUUCAUAUAUACUGAUUCAGUGAGUCCGAUUAAUUACCGGGGAGCUAUAGAUCUGCUUAUAGCUUCUGAAAAAUAUCAAGUUUUACCUUUAAAAGCAUCGUGUGCUUUGUUUUUAAAGUCUAAACUAUCAAUCGGAAAUGUUCUCGAAGUACUGAGUGCAGCUAGUACAGCAUGUCAAGAACGUUUAAAAUCAGAUGCUAUGGAUUUCAUCUCCGCUAAUUCCAGCAGCGUUUUAGGAUCAAGCGAAUGGUGUUUGUGGACGAAGAACAAAGAUAAUUCUAAAUUAGGAAUGGAGAUUAUGUACAAACUAAAUAAAAAUGUAUCAUUCUUCCAAACUAUUGUAUCAGAUCAAGUACUGGCAAAGAAAGAUGGAAAUGUAAGAAUUAUUAAUUCAACACAAGGUGAUAUGCACGUAUUUAAUGUUGUGUUGCUCGGAGAAUAUGCUCCAGGCUUAACUAGCUUAGCAUCAAGAUUUGUAAUUGGGCAGUAUAUUGGAGACAGACGUCAAACUUGCGGCGUUGAAUUCCUGAAUACAAUGGUCAUGUUGGAAGGCGUUUUUAUAGACCUUCACAUAUCGGAUGUUUGCAGCGCAGCGAGAUUUCAUACCAUGGCACAUUCUUACAUUAUUAAAGCUGAAGCUGCAAUCAUUGUGUAUAAUAUAACUGAUGUUGAUAGCUUUAACAGUGCUAAAACUUGGGUUAAAGAGAUACAGCGUAGUAAAAAUACUAAUAUCGUAAUUGCAUUAGCUGGAAAUUGUGCAGACUUAGCUGAGAAAAGAAAAAUUAAACGUGAAGAAGCAGAAGCAUACGCCGAUGAAAAUGGACUGAUUUUUAUGGAAACUUCAGCGAAGGAAAAUAUAAACGUAGAUGCCAUAUUUCUUGCAGUUGCAAGUGCUCAUUUGGCUAAGCUAUCAACUGCUGCAGAUGAAAAUAAUUCAUUAGAUACUGCUGUUGCCGAACACAAUACGUUAUCCACUCCUGCUGCUUCACCUGUGCAUGGAAAUCAAAAUGUUUUGAGUGCUGCUAAUGCUACUGUAGAUGUGCCUGACACCUCUUUACGGCCAGGAAAUCAGAAUAUUGCUGUAUUAGGUGUGGCAUCACCUAAAUAUAAAUCUGAAACUGGUAGUUGUCAUUCACCUGCCUCUUCACCUAAUGCAGACCUUAAAGAAGAGAACCAAGUUGAGAACGAGAUUGGCAAAUGUCUGUCUUGAAAAAGAAAACAGCAAUUCUUUCCUUCGACGUGCUGCAAGGUUUACAAGAACAAGAAAACAAGCAAUUGCGAUCAGUAGUUUUUAAUAUUUUUGUCUGCUUCAAAGAUUACAUUUGAUAACUUGUAAAACUGAGGAACUUAUAAACUGAGAAAACUGUGGUUACAUAAACGAAAUUAUCGAAUCUGACAAGACUGUAGUACCCAGUAAUGUCUAAAUUAGUGGAACUGGUUCAACUGUGGCAGCAUAAAUUGAGUUUACGGAAUUUUUAAAUUGCAGAUUUGGAUUCGAAAGUUUACUUGAUGUACGUUCUAGAAUUCUCAUGUCGUCAACUUGUCAUUUAUGUAGAAACAGAUGACAAAAUUGUGGCAGCAUAAAUGAAAAAAAUUUUCAGUUGCAGAUUUGGAUCCGAAAGUUUACAAGAAGUACUUUCUAGAAAAUUCUUCUGUCGUAAACUCAUGGGAUCAACUUACCUUGUUAUUUAUGUAGAAACAGAGGACCCAACUGUGGCAGCAUAAACUGAUUUUAAAUGCAAAUCAAAGCAUUUGAAAACCAUUAUUCAAUUUGAUUUAUUUAAUAAAUAUUUAGAAAUA